UGUUUGCUAACACGGCCAUUGCAAAGCAAGAAGAAGCAGGCUCCUCCUCCUCCUUCUCCUCCUCCUCCUCUUGUUGCACAAGAGAAAUGGGAGGGAUUUGUUACAAAACUUAUACACCGUGUGGCGGCAAACAGUUUGCGCCUCCGUCUAGUGUGAAUGUUAAAGUCCACAGCUGUGCAAUCAGCUUUAACAGCUGGGAUUUAUUCACCCAAUUUACUGAGUGUAAGGACAUGUCUACCAGACAAACAAAACGUGAAGCUACUAUGAAGUACUUGACUCCAGAUACCAAUGCAACAGUCCGACGGUCAUCUCGGAGGGCUGUCGCCCCUAAACGGCUCGACUUUUCUCCAGACAUGGCAGAUGAAACGGUGGCGAAAAAAAAAGCAAAAACCAAAAAGGAAAUGCCAGAGAAGAAGAGGAUAAAGGACGAAGAUGAAUUGGACCAGACGAAUGAUGGAGGGCUGUCUGCAUACGAACUGGAGCGCCUUGAGAACAUCAAGAAGAACCAGGCUUUUCUGUCCUCCAUCAACUUACUCCAGGCCAGAGAGGAUUUGCAUCAGACCACACGACCAAAGCCAUCGCAGCGAGGUUUGAGGCCUCAGUCAGCUGUUAAGGAGGCACUUCCCCCUCGUAAAUCCCUACGCCUUCAGAAUAAACCAGCAGAGAAGUUGACUCUUCCCAAAGAACCUAUUGAUUCGCUUCACCCUGAUCUGGCCAGGAUAUUAAAGAAGCCCAGUGGCGCUCUUCACAUGAAUCCCAUAAAUCAGGAAGGGGGUUUCAAGCUGCCACCAGAGCUUCGACAGCUCUGCUCGGAGGACUCAAAGGAGGAGCAGAUGAAGCUUGAUUUAAAAGAGUACAUUUCUGCUCUGAAAAGCCUUAAGAUGAGGGAAGAUGAUGUGGUCAAAGUGGUGAAAGAUCGCAUCUUCUCUGCAGCCUUCCAUCCUUGCAGCAGCAGUCUGUUGCUCGCUGCUGGAGACAAGUGGGGAAAAAUAGGACUGUGGAAUAUGGGUGCUGAAUGGGGCGAUGACGGUGUUCUGCUCUUUGAGCCCCACUCUAGACCGGUGGGCAGCAUGGCGUUCUCCAGGUGUCAUCCUAACCAGCUGCUGAGCGCCAGCUACGACGGAUCCUUGCGCUGCAUGGAUGUAGAGAAGGCCGUAUUUGAUGAUGUGUAUGACAUUGAUGAUGGCCUGAAAACGUUUGCCUUCAUGUCACAUGACUGCUCAACCCUUCUGGUAGGGAACUGGUUUGGAGAAGUUGCCAUCGUCGACAGGCGAACUCCAGGAAACUCCCAUGAGUCUCUUCACUCCCUAAACACCAAGGCUGUUCGCUGUGUAGACGUCCAUCCUCUCCAGAUGCAGUACUUUGUUGCAGCAGAAAGCAGGACAGUAGGUAUCUAUGACUGCAGAUACUUGAAGACCCAAAGCAAGGCAGUGGCUCACCUGAAUGGGCACGCUCUAACCAUCACCAGUGCUUAUUUCUCACCUUGCACUGGAAACCGAGUUCUCACCUCAUGUCUGGACAACCACAUAAGGAUAUACGACACAUCUUCGUUGACUGCUGAAACUCCCUUGAUUAAAUCCAUCAGUCAUGACAUGCAGACGGGCCGCUGGCUGUCGAAGCUCUCGGCAGUGUGGGACCCCAAGCAGGAGGACUGCUUUGUGGUAGGAAGUAUGAAAAGACCCCGGCGGGUGGAGGUGUUCCACGAAAGCGGGCGAUUGCUGCACUCCUUCAUGGAUGAGAACCUUGGCACGGUGCUGUCCGUCACCGCCUUUCAUCCCACAAGAAAUGCUCUGCUGGGGGGAAAUUCAUCAGGACGCAUGCACGUCUUCCACAGCUGGAACGAAGGCCAGUGAGUUUUCAGCCAUGAUCCCUGGGUGAGAUGAGUAUUGUAGGAAAGAUGCUGCCAAAAAUAAUUAGAAGAGUCUUAAAAUGGGCCAAUUUAACAAAUGGUAUCUAUCAUAUUCUGUACUUGGUCCAUUCCAGAUGUGUUGCACCUUUUU